AUGGCAGUAUCGAUAGCCUGGAAUUCUCCAGGCAAAUGUCCAGGAAAGGAACUUGCCAGAGCUUCACGUCACUCUGAUAUCUCACCACUCUUCACUCUUCACAACAUUUCCUUCCACCUCAACGUCAACAUCCACACCUUCCUCGCAGAUAUUCAAAUCUUCUGCAGACCACCAUCGCGAGUCAUCGACUCUAUUCAUUCGACGCAAGACGCAACUCAUACGGUACGCCCUCUGUCCUCUCUGCCCUCUAUCAACCUCAUCCCCCUCACCUUCACCAUGUCUAUCAAGUAA